AUGAAUGAUUGCAAGUGUAUGGAGGAGGAAACAGAUCAGCAGAAUGGAGGCUCGAUUUUUUCUGAAGAUACAUUCCUGGAGAUACUUGGAUAUUAUGAUGAGAUGUCCGAAGAUUAUUGCAUGGAGAAAGAAGUUGAUAAGUGCCAUGGCUCUGGAUGCCAGAAUGAAAAUGACUAUACUGAUCAGGCCUAUUCUAGUGAAGAGCAAGAAACCAGUAGUUAUGAGCUUGAUUUGUACAUAGUCAAUGUAGACAUCGAUUAUGCAGAAUACAACUACACAGAUAGGAUGCUACAAAAUGGCCCAGAUGAGAGGAUGAAUCUGAAUGGUGAUCUGAACAUCAACGAGCUCCAUUUGGCUCAAGAAAGACAGCAAUGCACUCAGCUUGCAUGCUUGUAUGAUGAUUCUGAAGCCGAUUGUGAGCUUGGCACAGAUAAGAGCACAAAUCAAUUGCCAGUGAAUACACUGUCUCUUGAAAGCCAGCUUGCACAGAACGAGCCUGAUGAGUCUCUGCAUGGCCAGCCUGAUGGAUUUGCAGAAUGCACAAAUACUGAGCGGGAUCUUGAGCGGAUAUGUGCUGAUAUGCAAGGCAUGUCUGAGAAGGAAGCAGAACUAAGAAGCCAAGUUAUUGAGAUAUUUUCCACCACGCCUAAGAUUGAUGAAAAUAGUUUUUUUUUCGACAGGAUGAGAAUCAACCGUAUUUGCAUUGAUUCGAAGAUAUUUGUCAGCAUUGAUGAGCGUGAAUGCAAAGUUGCAGAAAGAGUUGCGAGCGACGAAUGCAUAAUUAAGCGAGACGGCAGAAGAUGCGCAGAUGGCCACAUGUGUGGCAUGAGUGAGGAGGAAGUGUUAGCAUGUGAGCCGAGCACAGAUGCAGCAAUAAAAGAGGAGGUAAUGAAGACUUUCAAAGAAAUGGAGAAACGCGCAUUGGAGGCAGAUGCAAGAUGUAUUGGUGCAUCUGGAGGUAUGCCACGCCAAAAGUUUGUGAUUGACCAGGAGGAGGUUUUUCUGAAGAUUGAGGAAGUUAUUAAGCUGAAUGACCUAAAGCACAGGAAUCUGAUUGGAAAGAUACACAAAAAAGGAAGAAACAGCAGAUACCAAUCCAACUGGUUCACCCUCAGAAAGAACUUCUUUACUUGCUACAGUAGGAAGGGGUGGAGGAUGGUGCCCGGAGCAUUGCUUGAAAAUGACGGAAACCUAAAAGAUCCUGAGCAAGACAUGUUUUUUCUGAAGAGGAAGUACACCCUUGAUCUGUUGUACACGAAGAUAUAUCUGUUGAACAAGAAGAAAUGGUAUGGCUGUAUCAGGGCGAAUCCCUGGGCCGAGGAAGAGCUGAUUGACAUUACUGAAGACACAAAGAUAAUGAAAAUAAUACCUAUGAAAAAGUACUUUGUGGUUGUGCUGAAGAAGAACCUUGUGAAAACACAAAUCCGGAUGAAAGAGCUUAGCUUUAUGCUGAAGAGUGGGGAUGCCACACACAUAUACAAAUCGAAAUGCAUUGAUACCUUUCUUGGCUGGAUUGUUGCAUUUGCAUUCCGACAAGGAAGAAUAACGUGUAAUAUUGGCUAA